UUAAUCAGAAGUAUUUUGCCAAGUAAUCUCUACUGAAUUAUUUCUUAAACCCUCAUCUAAAAAAGUGCAGAGACAAUUUUUAAGAACUUCAAAUCGCAAAAUUUGUGAACAAAGAAAUUCAAAAUGGAACCAGUGAUACAAGACACUGAGGAACUCGUAACAACUUAUUCCUAUCUAACAAAGCCAGCAUACCAAACUUUUCGAUUUGAAUGGACGAUUCAACAUUUCAGCUAUCUGAGCGACAGUCUGCAUACUAUCGAAAAGUCCUUUUUUCCGCCAGGAACAGAUAAUAAGUACAAAUGGGUUUUUGAAGUAAAGGUACAAGAACUCGAUAACGAAGAUAUGCUUCACCUUAUGCGAGAUCGCAUAUUAGAAUUUAAUUUAAAAACAAACGAUAUUAAUAAAUAUGUCGAGUAUUCGCUUAGCCUAAAGUCUCUUUCUUAUGUCUACAACUUUGAAGAUCUCCAUAUAAUUGCAAAUGACAAUUUUGUUUUUAAUAAUUCAAUACCUCGAAAUAAGCUUAUAGACUGUCUAAAUUGGCGGGUCGGUGGUCAUACUUUACGUCGUGACUUGACGACAAUUUGUAAACUUCGUAUCGUAGAUUCAUUUCAGGAUUUUCAGAAUGAAGAAGCAAUGUUGGAACACAAUGAAACCCAAAAUAUUUCUGAUCAUAAAAAUUCCAUUCUAGUCGACGAUUCGUUCAAAGAUUUUUCAUUCAUCGUUCAAGGUACAAAAUUCGAUGUUCAUAAAAUUAUUCUGGCUCUCGAGAGUCUCGUUUUUGCGACAAUAUUCAAAUCUGAAAUGAGGGAAGGUUUAUCUUCAACUGCGAAUAUAGAUGAUAUAGAUCCAGACGUUUUUGAAAAAAUGAUCCAGUUUAUUUACCAUAGAAAAAUUGAUAAAUCAGAUUUGGAAAAAUCGGCCCCGCAGUUUUUGAAAAUUGCACACAUGUAAGAUUUAGGAAAAUUGAGGAAAAUAUGUGCAACUUUUUUGUAUGAGAAACUCUGCGUUGAUAAUGUUGUUGAAUUACUCUCACUUGCGGAUGUUUAUGCAAUUUCUGCUUUAAAAGAAAAAGCUCUUAAAAUUAUAAAAUUGAAUUUCAAAUUGGUGAAGGAACCAGAAGGUUUUAAAAAUUUGAUUAAAGAAAAACCGCAUCUGGCUACAGAUAUUGUUGAAAUAGAAUUGAAAAACGUUUGUGUUAAUGAAGGUGCAGUGUAUAACGUUGUUGGUGAUACGAAAUAUGAAAUGCGAGAUUUUACAUACUAUACUUAUUGCUGGUGGGACUAGGAAUAAGUAAGAAUUUGCAUAUUUUGUGAGAUUUUUCGUAAUAAUAAUAAUAAUUUAACAAAGAAAAUAUUUUAAAGAAAUGUAUGAUUUUUCAAGAUAGCUGUUAUUCUAAAAUAAUUUUUCAUAUUUAGUUUAUUAAGAUACCAUUUAGGUAUUCUACAGCAAUUUAUAUUUGGGAUUUAGAAAAAACACAAAGCUUAAUUGAAACAAAAAAAGAAUCGCGCAAGUAAUUUUUCUGAUCUUUGCAUUAAAUAUGGUGAAUCUUAAUCUAUCGAUACAACAAAAAUUUUAGUGGGGAAAAAAUCCAGUUUUAGUGGCGAAAAACUUCGAAAGUUAACUCUCCUGCUUAAAACGUGGGAUUCUUAAAAGCAAAGAAUUUUCUGCGUUUAAGAGGUUAAAUGAAAAUGGUAAACAAUUUAUUUUCCUCAAAGGAGAAAAUUGAAUAAUUUAAGAAAAUUUAGCUUGAAAGUGGGGAAAUUUUGAAGUGAACAAUAUUCCCUGCUUCG